UAGAGUGAAUAAUGACAUAAGUAUUGUCCCCUGGAACACCAAGCAUCACUAGGUAGGGACAUUGAAAAGAGAAGUGAUACAUUAAGUUGUCUUAUCUCACCUUUUUUUUCCCCUCCCAGGAUUUCCAGUUUUAUUUCCUAGCUUCAACCAUUUAAGCCUGCAAACUGCAAACUGCAAACUGCAAAACAUCUCCCUUGUCCUCUCAAACCCGGAUUUCGUUUACUGAAAACUCCAGGAAAAAAGGCAUUGCAGGAUGAGAGGUGAAGAUGGUGAUCAUGGGGAGUGGUUAAGUUUAGGCCUGGGAAUGAAUGCCCCUUCAAGAUUUAAAGAGGGGGCAGAUUUGCAGGCAGGGCCUAUUCCGACAAAGGUGUUUUCUUGCAACUUUUGUAUGAGAAAAUUCUACAGCUCACAGGCUUUAGGGGGCCAUCAGAAUGCCCAUAAGAGGGAAAGAGGUGCUGUGAGGCAAUAUCAUUCCCAGAGAAUGAUGUCCACCGUGGCUUGGCCACUCGAUAACAACAAUAUGUACCGAUCGCUUGGCGUUAUGCCCCACUCGCUCGUGCAUAAGCCUGUCAGGGAUAGCUGCAGAACAGCAGCGAGGUUUGGGCAGUCGGAUACCGAGUUCUGUAUGCCAUGGCAGACCAAUAACCCAAUGAUGGAGGAAGCAGGGGCCGGGUUGAAGUGGCCCGGGAGUUUUCGACUAAACCCACAACAACAACCAGAAGAACAGCCUGCAAAUCCAAGCAAGCUGGACUUGAAUCUGAAGCUGUGAAUCUCAGAUUGAACUUUACUUUACUUUACUUUACUCUCUCUAUUGCAGAAUGUCAAUCCCCUAUAUAGUACAGUACAUUCACUAACUUCAAAAACCAUAUAUGUGGUCCACUUAGGCUGAAAAAUCUUAGAAGUGUUGCAGGCUCUUAUUGGACCAAGUCCAAAUGUAAUGUCUACUACUUGCUAGUUACCUAAAAUAACUGUCAAACAUUCUAUUUUAUCCACAAAGUGUUGCAGAAAGC